GAUCAGCAAUAUCCUGUCCUAUUUUUAUUACUAUUUUUUAUUUUGGUAAGUAGAGUGUUUUUGGAAUGAAGUUACACUCAUUCAUGUAUGUUGUUGGUUUGGCUGCUUUCAUGCGACAACCGCAGAGUUGAGCAGUUGUGACAGAGACCAUGUAUCUCACAAGCCAAAAAUAAUUACUGUCUGUCCCUUUGCAGGAAAAGUUGUCAACUCUAGCCUAAAGCAGAGAUCUUCUCUACUAUCUCUUAGCAGGACUUGGGAUUUUAGAGAGUACUGUUUAAGCAUCAGGCAAACUUGGAUUCAUAUCCCAGCCCAGCUGCUGACUGGCUGUGUGGCCUUGGACAGGUAGCUUAACCUCUCUGUGCCUGUUUCUUCACCUGUAAAACUGAGUUAAUAAUUAGAACCUGCCUUACAGGGUUGUGAGAAUGAGCUAAGGCCUGGAAUGCGCUCAGGGUGGCAUCUGGCAUGAAUUAAUUGUAAACUAAUUGUAAAUGUUAGCUGCUGCUGUUAGGGUGAUUCUGUGGUUCUAUGAAGUGUAGUCUGCAUGGUGCUACCCCAGGCAGAUGCCAAGGUAGCUUGAACAAAUCCAUUUUAAACCCAUUGCCACUAACUCAGAGGAGUAAGAGAGUCUCUGAUGUAGCUGAGAAUUAGCCCAGUGGCUGGGCUAAGACCCUUGUUCCCAUGCACUCUGAUCUUCAAAACAACACUGCUGAAGAGGGGCUGUCUUCUGGCUGUUGCUUCAUCCUUGUCCAGUCAUUUGUGACGUUUCCUUGUAGGAUUAAAUGAAAUGUGCCUGGCCACUCAACAGCUUUCUAAGCAGCUCCUGGCAUAUGAGAAACAGAAUUUUGCUCUUGGCAAAGGCGAUGAAGAAGUAAUUUCUACACUUCACUACUUCUCCAAAGUGGUGGAUGAGCUUAACGUUCUCCAUACAGAGCUGGCUAAACAGUUGGCAGACACAAUGGUUCUACCCAUUGUACAAUUUCGAGAAAAGGAUCUCACAGAAGUAAGCACGUUAAAGGAUCUCUUCGGACUCGCCAGCACUGAGCAUGACCUCUCAAUGGCAAAAUAUAGCAGGCUUCCUAAGAAAAAGGAGAAUGAAAAGGUGAAGACGGAGGUGGUGAAGGAGGUGGCAGCUGCCCGGCGGAAACAGCACCUUUCGUCCCUUCAGUACUACUGCGCCCUCAACGCGCUGCAGUACAGGAAGCGCAUGGCCAUGAUGGAGCCCAUGGUGGGCUUCGCCCACGGACAGAUUAACUUUUUCAAGAAGGGAGCAGCGAUGUUUUCCCAAAGUAUGGACAACUUCUUAUCCUCCGUGUCAGACAUGGUUCAGAGCAUUCAGGUGGAACUGGAAGCCGAAGCAGAAAAGAUGAGGGUGUCCCAGCAAGAGCUGCUUUCUGUGGACGAAUCUGUUUACUCGCCAGACUUCGAUGUAGCUGCACCACCGAUCAACAGGAACCUCAUCCAGAAGGCCGGUUACCUUAACCUUCGAAGUAAAACAGGACUGGUCACCACCUCCUGGGAGCGGCUUUACUUCUUCACCCAAGGCGGGAACCUCAUGUGCCAGCCCAGGGGAGCCGUGGCUGGCGGCUUGAUCCAGGACCUGGACAACUGCUCCGUGAUGGCGGUGGAUUGUGAAGACCGGCGCUACUGCUUCCAGAUCACCACCCCCAAUGGGAAAUCGGGAAUAAUCCUCCAGGCAGAAAGCAGAAAGGAGAAUGAAGAGUGGAUAUGUGCGAUCAACAACAUCUCCAGGCAGAUCUACCUGACUGACAACCCCGAGGCAGUCGCCAUCAAGUUGAAUGAGACGGCUCUCCAAGCAGUGACUCCCAUUACAAGUUUUAGAAAAAAGCAAGAAAGCUCCUGCCCCAGCCAGAACCUGGAAAAUUCAGAGGUGAAAAAUGACAACACUGUUCCCAAAGCAGCAGUCAGUGUACCUGAAGCUGAAGAACUAAUUGCGCCUGGAACACCCAUUCAGUUCGAUAUCGUACUUCCUGCGACAGAAUUCCUUGAUCAGAACAGAGGGAGCAGGCGGAUGAACCCUUUUGGUGAGACUGAGGAUGACGCAUUCCCAGAGGCAGAAGAUUCUCUUUUGCAACAGAUGUUUAUAGUUCGGUUUUUGGGAUCGAUGGCAGUUAAAACAGACGACACUACCGAAGUGAUUUAUGAGGCGAUGAGACAAGUGUUGGCGGCCCGGGCUAUUCAUAACAUCUUCCGUAUGACAGAAUCCCAUCUGAUGGUCACCAGUCAGAUGCUGAGGUUAAUAGAUCCUCAGACUCAAGUAUCCAGAGCCAAUUUUGAGCUCACCAGUGUCACCCAGUUCGCUGCUCAUCAAGAAAACAAGAGACUGGUUGGCUUUGUGGUCCGCUUGCCUGAAUCCACAGGCGGAGAGUCUCUGAGCACAUAUGUUUUUGAAAGCAACUCAGAAGGCGAAAAGAUAUGUUAUGCUAUUAAUUUGGGAAAAGAAAUCAAUGCGGUUCAGAAGGAUCCAGAAGCAUUGGCUCAAUUAAUGCUGUCCGUACCACUAACCAAUGAUGGAAAAUAUGUACUAUUAAACGAUCAACCAGAGGACAAUGAUGGAAGUCCACGCGAAAAUACAGGCGCAGAAUCUGAAGCAUAACUCAUGCGCUUUUGGGGGAAGAGCACCCAAGGAGAGCUACCUCCUUAAGGGUUUUCAACUUCUCUGAUACACAGGCACACGAACUGAUUUCAGAAAGCUGACAAUCGCUUGUGGAAUGGACUCUCGAUGCCUUGGUACUGAGACUUGGGAGGGAAACAGUAAGAAAUGGUUGACAACAGUCCUACCCAUCUACAAAUGUUAUUUUAGGUGCUUUGUGGUAAGUCCUUUUCUUAGAUUAUUAUUCAGUGCUCAGAUUGAAAGUUAUGAGAAAAUGCAUCGUUCACUUUAUUUGAAUGUCAUCUUUUUUCAGUUUCCAGUAUCCUUUUUUAAAAAUGGCAAAAGCCUAGAUUUAUAAUUAAACACUAAAUAUUUCCUAUUAAUAUACUCUAUUUUUGUAUUUUACUUAAUAAGCUUUAAGUGCCUGUCAUCCUGAAAAUUGUAUUUAUAAUCAAGCUUGUCUCAUAAUUGGACCUAAUAAGCAUUAAUCUGUGCAGUUAGGUGCCGAGCCCUGCUCUGAGGCUCGAGCACUAGCAGCAAUGCAGGUCUAGUUCUGAUCAUUGUUCCAGGCAUCAUGCAAUAAAAACUAGCAGAUGAGAACCACAAAAGAUACUCAGUUUUACAGUGGAUCCUUACUGAACCAGCAUUCAGAAGUUUACGAUCCUUUAGAUGUUACUGUUUUUAUUGGUGGAUCACCAUGUGAACAGCUCUGCCAGGUCCUGUUUCUUCUGAGCCAGACCCUCCUCAAGGAAGGGGCCAAUUAAUUUUAAAACUCACUUGAAGAGCAGUUGGUUUAAAGUUCCUAUUUCCACUCUGGCAUCCCAGCCCACUCCACCAUUCCCUCCUACCCAUGAAAUAAGUAUAAAAUGAUCUUGAAUUGGUAUAGUGUGUUUAAUUAUAACCAAGUUCAACAGAAUGUUAUUGUCUUUGUAAUAAAUUAACCUAGCAAUAAAUGCUAGCAAAUAAAUCUAUUGUUCUGUU